UCGAAUGCGAAAAGUUCCCGACUGACCGAAGCUGAUGGAUGUCGGAAGUGUGCAAAACCCUAAUCGAUUAGAGGGAAGAACGAGAUGCUAAGCUGUGUCGGGUCCUUACGAGGGAGAGGCUGAUGUUCAAAGGAGAUGAUUUGGCUGCACGGAAAUCGAUCGGCAUGAAGCACACGAAGAACAAGGACAACCUAGAUGGCUCUGAGGGCGGAUCUAGACCUUUAUCCUCCGCCGUAGAAGUUGCGGCUGCGGAGACGCCGACAGAGGUUUUAGUCACUUUCGCCGCCGGUGGUGAUGACAUCUACGCCAUCAAUGCGACGAAGAAGCAAAAGUACGAGGAGCUUUUUCCGGUGAAGGCUAAAAAGUUCGGUUACACUCCUAAAAUGAGCUCCAAAUCCGUUGAUGAGGCACUCGUCGACUGCGUCAAGAAGAAUGCCGACCGCAACUGUAAACAGAACAUUUGUGUUUCCGUUGCUGCUGGUUCCAUCAUGAAAUUUGGAGCUAAAGGAUGGUACAGAAAGGGCUCCGCUGUUCGACUGCGUAAAGAAUUGCGAUGAUUUCAGUUCAAGGUUUCAGGUAAGAUUAACUGAGGUUUCUCUAGAGUUCUUGCAGUCACUGCAUGCAGAUCGUGCAUUUGUGGUUUGAUUUUUACUGGAACGUUAGGCCUUUUUGUAACAUUACACAACCUUUCCAGAAAUUUCCAGUUUUAGUCAUACAUCAUUUUCAGAGCAAUAACAAAUUGGAUUUUUAUCUC